AUGAGAGGUGAGACGGGAGACGUGAGACAGGCGCUGAACAACCUGCAGUCCACCAACUCUGGCUUCGGCUACGUCAACAGCGAGAACGUGUUCAAAGUGUGUGACGAGCCCCACCCGCUGCUGGUGAAAGGCAUGCUGGGACACUGCGUGGAUGGGAACGUGGACCAGGCCUACAAGGUGGUGGAGCAGCUGUGGGCGCUGGGCUACUCUCCGGAGGACAUCAUCGGGAACAUCUUCAGGGUCUGCAAGACCGUCCACAUGGCCGAGUACCUCAAACUGGACUUCAUCAAGGAGAUCGGGUACACUCACAUGCGUGUGUCUGAAGGCGUGAACUCUCUGCUGCAGAUGGCCGGUCUGAUUGGUCGACUCUGUAGUAAGACGACGCCCCCUGCUGUCAGCUGAUCCGUUAACCCCGACAGGGCUGGACUCUUCUGUGUUUAACGGACCACGAUCUGAACAUUAAAGUUAGUUUCUGUUCAAAGAUAAUGUAAAAACUACAAUAAAUCAUCUUUUCAUUGAUUGUUGUUUUUUAAAGUUUACUAAUUAAUUAAUUGUCCCCAUAAGUAUAGAGGACUGCUGUUAUUGCGUAACAGUGAACUGCUGAUUUCACAGUAACCCUAUAAUACAACACAUCAUCUUCCUGAGGUAAACACAGUAUUAGUACACGGUAGUAUCGGUAGUGAAUACUGCAGAACAUUGGGGGUCAGACGAGUGUUCAGGAUCAACGAGCUUUAUUUCAUUACAAACCUAGUUUACAUUCAAAGUCAUGAACAACAAACCUCAAACAGCUACUCUCAGUACAAAUCUCAAAAAGUAAUACUCGUAAUAAAUAUUAAGAACAGUAACAGACAGCAGAGUUACAGUUAGUGUGUAUGUGUAUAUGUGUGUGUAUAGAAUAAAAUAACUACAUGUUUGAACCAGAGUUUAUAACGUGAACUCGUCUUUUUGUUUUCAGGAAAACUUUUAAAAACUAUAAAUCCUAAUAUAUGACGGAGCAUUAAAGUUAUUGUAUGAAAGAAAAGGUGAUAUUCAGAGAAAAGUUUAGAUUAAAGUCACAUUUACAAGAAUCAUCAUCAGAAGAACUUAAAUCUCAGUUCUUUCUCUGAAUAUUACCAGCUCCAUAAUUAAUGUAUAAAUAUACAACUUCAUUCAUUGACAAAGCCUCUGAUACGCCGUCGAUGUGAAGGGCUGCUAAACAAAAAACAGGAUUUAGUUCCUCCAGCGGGGGGGCAUCAGCUGCUGUGACAGCUCUUAAAAACACACAUCGACCCGUCUGUCAUCGUCCUCUCACAGCGACGGUUUAAAGUGCAAUUCAUCAAAAAUCGAUGUCAUAUAGGAGCUCAUCAGUCCGUCUGAUAAUCAAUAAUCAACGAGCCUGCUGAACAAACAACUGACGCUCUAACUGUUGGAUUAAUGUCACGUGGAGCUGAUCAACAUCUCAGUUCCUCACUAGACUCAACACCACGUUAGAAACACCGCAUGCCACAACGAGCAACGAGCAUGCUGCCGACGGACUCGACCGAUAAUAAUAACAUGUACGGUAACGGAAGAGGAACACGAGAGGGUGACGGGUCUCUUUUCAGGGUCCCCAUCAGAGGAAGACGUUAAAAUCUGUAAAUGAUUUUUAGUUUUAUGAAUCACCUCUGAAGUCUGGACCACAUGAC